AUGUUUGUGAAUAAAAAUAUAAAAAUGGGUGUAUUGUUAAAUAUAAAAAGCCAGUAUUAUCUAUAUAUUGAAUCAAACACCAAAUAUUCAAUCAUGACUUUCAAUAAGUUGUUUCGUCAUUUCUUGAUAUUAACUUUGCUUCUCUUACUUUCCCCUGUACAAAGCAAGGCAGUAAGAAAGAUUUCUAAACCUCAGAAGUUUACAAGAGUAGAUAAAAAAGGUAUAGAUUCUUUAGAUUCAAUAUAUUUUAAUUCAAUAAACGAGACUCAAAAAAUACAUAGUUUAUGUUCCACAGAAUUUUUAAUAUUAAAUAUGGAUUCUUCUGAGUUAUCAUAUAACAUUUCAUUUAAUUGUUAUUCACACAUUCCAAAUUACAAAACGUUAAUCAAAGCUUUUCAAAUCAAUUCAAUCUGUUAUGUCCAUCCCGACCAGAUGUAUAUUCAAAAACAAAAUAAAAAGAUCAGUCGAUGUGGGGAAUGGCUCCAAUUAACGGGUCCAAGUCAUAAAAUAGUUUAUUGUAUGGUUGUUGGAACUAUUAAUCCUAUCUAUCAAAAUGUACCAUUUAAUGUUAAUAAAAAGAUACUAACACUUAAGAAAAACUUAUUUACGAUCCUCACCGGCGGAAUGUGGUUCAUCAACUAUAGUUACUCUUACGCCACAGCUGCUGUGCAUGACUAUACUCUUAAUAUCCCUCCAUCUCUAUACACAAUCGAGAGAUCUAAUAAUUUUUCUAUGUUUCAAAUCUAUGAUGGACAUCGGCCAAUCGAAUACCUCCAAGCCGGAACUAUACUCUACUUUAAAAACGAAGAUGACUUAUUCUUACUACCUUCUUUUUUCAAUCAUUCACAUCUCCGCGCUAUAAACAUCAAUGGGGAUAGUGUGACUUUCCCAAAAACUAAUUUUCAAAAUUUCCAAAAAAAUUUCCAUAUUUCUGCGACAUCAUUCUUCAAAAAUCUCAAAAUGAGUGAUUGCUCGUUCCAACGAAAUAAUCAAAUCUCAGACGUCAACGACAACUCAACAAAAAUGCCAUUUCUCAUGUGGUACUUUUACUCUGUGUACAACAACGUCCCUCAUAUGAUGAACAAUAAAAACUUGACUUUCACUACUAUUAGUAAUAAUUCUAAAACUAGUAUAUUUAUAGUAAAUCCAACUGCGUCGCUCCUUUGCCAAGAAUCAAAAGAAAUUAUGUUCGAAGCGAAUGUCAAUUUCCUCCCUGUUAAUUUGAGUGUUCAAACAGUUAUAAUAGCGGACAUCAGUAAGCUUGGGACGCCAAACGCCGUGUUUGAAAUUGUAGACAACAUGACUACGAAGGUGUUUUAUGAAAACAAUACAAUAUUUGUUCGUGCUGCGUUCGACAAACAAAACUAUGACUUUGCCAAUGCGAUCGUUUUGAAUUAUGAGGCAAAUAUUGGAGAUACUUUAAUACUAUUAAAUACUAAACUUAUACCAUUAGAUAAUACAUUUAAAAGUUGUGACAACACUUAUGAUUGUGAAAAUACGGAGUGCACAGUCGACAACACGUCACUCGAUGUCGGAACGAGAAAGUGGAUAAGAGGAUGCGAACCACAAUGCGGAAUGUGUAGAGAUGGAUUUGUAUGUAACACAAUGGGAAUGUGUCAGAAAGAAACUAACUUGAACUUGAGAAAUGCGGGCUGCAUCGAAAUGGUUGUGUUAUCGAUAUGUAUUAUCAGUCUCUUAUGUAUUUGA